GAUAUACAGUGUGGUGCAAAUAACAGUAGACAUGGCAAGAGAAAAGUUGCAUGUGUUGUUUCUUGUGGCAGUAUAAUUUUCACAGUAGAUGAGAGGCCCAACGAAGGUCCUACUAUUAAGCAGUUGUAUCUCGUCCGUUCAAAAAUGACGUGUUUACUGGUGGUGUGAACUGAAUUUUCGGAAUUUUAGUUCCAAGAGUGGUGAAGCGGGUUAGUCAUUUUAAAACCAAAAGUGCUAAACUAAUUAGUAACAUGAUAGUACUAUCACUUGAGCUGCUGGAAAACCGGGUUGUGUGUGUGUUAACGUUAGGGUUGUAUAAAUAAAUGUCGGAACAAACAGUGCUUUAAAAUUAAAAUUUUUGAAGAUUUUUAAAUUUAACGUUUUACAAAUACCAUCCAAAGCCAAGUGCUGAUAAGCUGUGAAGAAAGCACCACCCAUCAAGUGCGUCAGUGUGAUAAAAAAUUAUCGUUACAGCAGAGAAAAGUGCUUGUGAUAUUGUGUUCUAUCUACGCAAAUCUGGUAAUAAAAAAUAUAGGAAGCAACUAUGUCAUUUCGAGUAGUGAGAAGUUCAAAAUUUCGGCAUGUGUACGGUCAAGCACUCAAACGUGAACAAUGCUAUGAUAACAUCAGAGUUUCCAAAAGUAGCUGGGACUCAACUUUCUGUGCCGUUAAUCCAAAAUUUCUCGCCAUUAUCGUAGAAUCGGCGGGUGGGGGUGCCUUUAUUGUGCUGCCUCAUAAUAAGGUUGGCCGAAUUGCAGCUGACCAUGCCCUUGUGGGUGGACACAAAGGACCCGUGUUGGAUAUCGCCUGGUGCCCGCAUAAUGAUAAUGUUAUCGCUUCCGGUUCCGAGGACUGUGUCGUUAAGGUAUGGCAAAUACCGGAUGGUGGACUAUCCCGAACCAUGACUGACCCAGUGGUGGAUUUAGUGUACCAUCAGCGAAGAGUUGGACUAGUUCUGUGGCAUCCAUCCGCAUUGAACGUUCUCCUAACUGCCGGUUCUGAUAACCUCAUAGUCAUUUGGAAUGUGGGAACCGGUGAGGUGCUGGUUCGCAUCGAAUGCCAUCCUGACACAAUCUAUAGCGCGUGUUGGAAUUGGGACGGCUCCCAACUAGUGACAACCUGCAAAGAUAAAAAAAUCCGUAUACUCAAUCCACGAUCGGGCGAAAUACUGAACGAAGCAAUUGCACAUGAAGGGUCGAAGGCUACACGAGCUAUAUUCCUACGACAUGGACUCAUUUUCACAACUGGAUUUAAUAGAUCCUCAGAAAGACAGUAUUCACUGCGAGCGCCAGAUGCUCUAGGCGAUCCUAUUGUAAUGGUAGAUUUGGAUACAUCGAAUGGUGUAAUGUUCCCGCUAUAUGAUCCUGACACAAAUCUUAUCUAUCUCUGCGGAAAAGGUGACUCUGUUAUCCGCUACUUCGAGGUUACGCCAGAACAACCUUUUGUGCAUUAUAUCAACCAGUUCCAGACGCCGGAUUCGCAGCGAGCUAUCGGUAUGAUGCCAAAAAGAGGGUGUGAUGUAGCAACUUGUGAAGUAGCCCGAUUCUAUCGGCUCAACAAUGGGGGGUUAUGCCAAGUGAUCUCAAUGACAGUGCCUAGAAAAAGUGAGCUUUUCCAAGAGGACCUUUAUCCGGAUACGCUUGCUGAUGAAGCCUCUAUAUCGGCUGAAGAUUGGAUAUCUGGCGCAGAUGCAGAUCCUCAACUAGUAUCGCUGAAGGAUCAUGUCUUUCUCGAAAAGGGUGGUUAUGUGUCGCAGGCUCAAAGCACACAGCUGACGGUGACGAAGAAAUCGAACGUACUAGACAAAAUGCCACCACGUGGACCAAAGAGCUCUCUGCUUCCAGGAGCAACAACGGGCGGAUCACCUCCGACCGUCACAAGUGCAUCGAAUGGAUCAUCAACGGCCAACGGAACGACCCCGUCGGCGCCCAGUAUGAUCAACGCAAUUAGUCAACAACCUCCCCAGGUUAUUGUAAGUGGAGUAUCGGAACAAACAUUGAUGGACCUGCGAAGCAAGUUUGAAGACGAGUUUCGAAAGUUGAAAGCAAUUAUAGUAAAACAUGAAAACCGUAUCCGUUCAUUGGAAGCCACCAUUAAAGCUAUGGCGGAUCGAACUAAUACUGAAACGGAUGGUUCCCUGCUCAUCAUCUCGACACCGUCUCCCACGAUUGCAGCUAACCAGUCAGGUACAGGCCAUGAUGACCACCAUGGCGACGGUGGUGGCCAUUACACUAAUGCAAAUUUGGCCCCCGACGAAGUGUGAGUAAGUUUCUCUCCAGCAUACAACCAGAACUGGAGAAUUCAAGCAAAGUACUAGAUAGCAAAGCUGACAAACUCUUCAUAUUCAAUCUAUGCAUGUUCUGUUAAAAAGAAGAGUUACAUGCACUAAAGCAAAGAACGCGAGCGCUCAAACGAAAGUUUAUUUUUUGAAAACUAUUUUUAAAUUUGUACUAGAAGCAAAAUUGUGAAAAAAGGUUAUUUAUUUGUAAUCAUUUUUAUUGCAAACAGAACAAAAAAGAAUUUAUCUUCCAAAAAUUAUUAAAUGUGAAGAAUAAUAAAACAAUGCCUUGUUGCUUGAAGCUAAACAACAUACUUAAGAUAAAAAUGCCUAUAUUAAUUAAGUUGAGCGAAAAAUCAAAAGAAUAAACUCAUUGUACAUUUUAUAUUAGAAGCAGGAAAAUAAAUCUAGAAACUCAUUUUUA